AUGGAUAAGCAAGUGUUGCUCUUUACCCUCCUCAUGUUCUUCCUCUUCACCAUUUUCAAAGCUGAUGUUGCAUCUUCCUCAUGUCCCUUGGAUCUCAGUUAUGUUGAGACCUUUCCAUGGGACACUUCAUCCUGCAGAGAUCCAAUUGAUACACAACACUGUUGCGAAACUCUGCUCACCCUCUUUGGCAUAGGGCUUGCUCAACACCUCAAAGAAACUUCCUUGUUUCAACUUCCUGAUGAAAACACUUCCUCCACUUGCUUAUCUGAUUUCAAAGUCAAGCUUUCAUCUAUGUCAAUUCAACCAUCUUUGGUCCCUUCUUGCUUCCAUAACUCAACCCAGUUUGUUACUAACUCUUCUAGUUGUGCAGGUAUAAUAACUACCAAAGAUUGGAAGCAAAAAGUAGGUAUGUUGAGUUCAUUAGACACUUCUUGUAAAGGGGACAUGAAUGAUCAAACUCGAUGCAGUAUUUGCAUCGAUGCUGGCUUGAAAGUUACUUCUCAGUUGACUAGUAUUGAUCCAAAAAAUGCCACAAAGUGUUUUUAUUUUACAAUCUUAUAUGCUGCAGCUGUUGUUAAUCAGUUUGGUCCUACAGAUGUUGGCACAGCUAGUUGCAUACUUGGCUUGCCACUGUCUAAGGGUCAUCACAUACAUGAUAGUAGUGGUGGUAGAGAGUGA